UAUUGCGAAUAGGAAGACAGUUGAAAACAAUUAGCUAGCAAGGUUGGAGUUGCUAGUUCAGCUGAAAGUGAGAAUGGCCUUGUUUUUGUCGCGAUGAGCUAUGAUCAAAACGUAAAAAGGAAAUAAAAUACCAGCUGUACUAAAAUCGAUUACUUACAGCCACGUAAGUUUUCAGAAAUUAAGGACUUCUGCCGUUUUCCGUGGUGCCUUGGCUGGAUUAGCCAACGAGUCUAACUCCGACAUGAGCGCUUCUCGGCUGGUAAAACAGCUGCAGAAAGCCAAGAGCAAGGCUCAGGGCAGCAACAAUCUGAAAGAAGAGGCAAGCUUGUGCAACCAGCUGGGAGAGGCACUGGCUAAAAAUGGUGACUUCCAGGCCGCCAUUGAGGAACACCGGCAGGAACUGGCCCUCUCUGAGGUGCUGCACGACGUGAUUGGCUGUGCUGUAGCCAAUCGGAGGAUUGGAGAAUGCUUUGCAGAGCUGGGAAACUUUGAGGCAGCUUUGAAGUACCAGCAUCUCCAUCUGGACCUGGCUCGCUCAGUCAGGGACGCUGCGGAGGAGCAGAGGGCGCUGGCCACCAUUGGUCGGACUUUCCUGUUCCGUCACGAGUCGGACCAAUCGCAGGACAGCCUCCGCCAGGCAGAGGACGCUUUCAGGAAGAGCUUGGCCAUCGUUGAUGACCGCUUGGAAGGUGUGGUGCCCCCCCGGGAGCUGAGUGAGAUGCGGGCUCGGCUCUACCUGAACCUGGGCUUUGUGGCCGACGGGCUGAAGGACCCGGAGCGCUGCACCGAGCUCAUCCGCCGGAGCAUCUUCAUCGCAGAGAAGAACCAGCUGCUGGAGGACCUGUACCGCGCCAAAUUUAACCUGGGGCGCAUCCAUUUCCGCAACGGGGCCCCGUCCAGCGCCGUGCGCUGCCUGGAGCAGGCCAAGGAGUGCGCCCGAAAAAUGAAGGACAAGUUCGGGGAGAGCGAGUGCAGCCACAGCAUCGGCCAGGUGCAGUUGUCCCUGGGAGACUUUGUGGCAGCUCGGCGCUCUCUAAAGAAGGCGUACACUCUGGACUCCCAGCAGCCCUCAGACCGAGACGCUGUGAAGAGAGCUUUCAAACACGCGAUCCAGGGCUGCCGCCUGGAGCAGGCGCUGUUGGACCUGGGUGAGGGGCAGCCGCAGGAAGCCGUGGGUGUGGCCGAGCAGCUGGGAGACCUGUACUGCAAGGUGGGCUGCUACAGCAAGGCUCUGGAAGCCUACCGCUCACAGCUCUCCUACGCGCUGGCCCUGGGGAAACCCUCCAGGGAGCUGGCUGUGAUCCACGUCUCCCUGGCUGCGACCUACGCUGACCUCCGUCAGCCCCACAAGGCCGUGGAACACUACAGACAGGAGCUGGAGCUGCGACAGAACAACCCCAAGGAGGAGUGUGAUUCGUGGCUGAAUAUCGCAGCUGCUGAAGAGGAGGCUGGGCGGAGCCUAGAGGAGCUGGACAACUGCUACAGCACCGCCCUGCAGUGUGCCAAGAGAGCUGCACUCCCAAAACUACAGCGGCAGGUCCUGAGGGUGUGGCUUGCUGCUCAGCAGCGAAGAGGCUCCGCCCACUGUGAUGACACGGCAGCCCAGCUCCAGGAGCUGUGUGCGGCGGACAGUGGUAGCGAGGGAGAGGAAGAGGAAGAGGAGAACAGCGAGGCCUUGGAGGAUAGCGACAUCCAGCUCUCUGACUCUGAUGAGGAUCUGGAAGAGUACGACCGGAUGGUCCCUGGGAGGAGAACUGCAGGACGGUGGAACCGGAGAAAUGAGAAGGGUGAGACGUCCCUGCACCGGGCCUGCAUCGACGGGAACCUGCGGCAGGUCCAGUACCUGGUGGAACAGGGUCACCCAGUGAACCCCCGAGAUUACUGUGGCUGGACCCCUCUCCACGAGGCCUGUAACCAUGGUCACUGCGACAUUGUGUCAGUGCUGCUGGCCCAUGGGGCCCAUGUGAAUGACCCUGGGGGGCCGCUGUGUGAGGGGGUGACCCCCCUCCACGACGCCCUGUCCUGCGGACACUUCCAGGUCGCACAGCUGCUGGUGGAGAAGGGAGCUUCCGUCGCCGUCAGGACCUCUAAGGGCGAAGGCCCCCAGGACACUCUGCACCGCUGGCUGAAGACGUACAGCCGGCACCUGGACCCGGAGACCCGGCGGGAGUGCACCGAGAUGGAGAGAGCGCUGAGGAGAGCUGCUGCGGGGAGAGCGGGGGGGGCGGUGCCGGCCUGGGCCAGUAACGGGCUGCAGGACAGCCAGCUGUACGACGCGGAGAACUCCGAGCCGCUGGUGCCCCCCCCUCGGGCGCGCUCCCCCGACCCGCACCCCGAGAGGAGCAGGGGGCGGGAGGACCGCGCAGUACCACAGAGCCCCACCAGGAGGCGCUCCGGGGGCCAGCCGCGCCGAGCGCAAGACGCCGUUCUGUUUGAGGAAGAGAGCAGCUCCUCAGACCACGGCGACUCAGACUGCUCCGUCAGUCCCCUACGGCCUGUGAGGCCCCGCCUACGUUUCCCAGAAUCCUCUCCUCCCCAUGCUAGGUCAGGGGAGGUGGGUCUGACGCAGGGUGUUCUCGCGGCAACAGGGACCGACUCGGCGGCGCCCCCUGUCUCCACGGCAGAGGAGUACCUCAGGGCCAUUCGAGGUCUGGGCAGCGCCAAGUCACGCCUCCUCCACGCCCAGGACCAAUCAGAGCCUGAGUGCAGCCCAACGUCGUCUGCAUCAGCCAAUGGCAGGUCGGCGCUGGUCCCGGCGGAGGAGUAUGUGGAGGACGAUUGGCUGGAGGAUGACUUGGGGGAGCUGCAGCCGAGGAAGAGGAGGAGAGUGGGGGUUGUGCAGGAGCCCCGCCCCAUGACAUCAUCAGGGAGGAGCCAGAGCCACCGCCCCGCCUCCCCAGAACCCCCUUCCAGAGUGUCUCCCUCCCCCUGUGCAGUUCCGCCCUCCUCCAGCAGGGGGCUCUCUGUGCAGCGCGGGGCCCGGGGACCGCAGAGGCCCCGGCAGGUGAAGAUGACGCAGCUCUCGGGGAUGCAGAUGUUGGGCCGCAGAGAGGUGCUCCGACCCAGCAGCCCCACACUGGAGGAGCCCCGACACACACACACCUCACAGCCACCUCCGCUCCCGCAGGCGGUCGCUGCUCCCCUGCCCCCCCCCAUAAGGAUCACCGUGCGAGUGCAGGAGCGAGCCUUCCUCAUCCCCAUCCCGCACAGUGAGGCAGACUCCUGUACAGUGUCCUGGCUCUGUGACCAGGCUGCCCAGCGGUACUACCAGGCCUGUGGGCUCCUGCCACGCCUCUCCCUGCAGAAAGAGGGCGCUCUUCUCUCACCGCACGACCUGCUACUCGCUGUGCUGCACACCAACGAGGAGGUGCUAGCGGAGGUGUGUUCCUGGGAUCUUCCCCCUCUACCUGAACGCUACAAAAAGGCCUGUCAGAGUCUGGCUACAGGUGAACACAGGUUGGUGUUGCGCCUGUGUGAGGUGCAGGAUGGGACCCCAUCGGUGUGCAUAUCUGGUCUCAGUCUGCCCCCUGCUGUUCUGACCCCGGUACUGCGCGCACUCAAACUGCAGGCCAACUUAACUCAGCUCCGCCUCUCCGGCAACCGUCUCAGCGAUGACCUCAUGCCCGAGCUGGUGUCCGCGGCCGCCACCAUGCCCAGGCUCCGCCUCCUGGACCUGUCUGCCAAUCGGAUCACGGGGGAGGGUCUGAAGAAGGCAUCCCUGACUUUGGAGGGGCGGAGUCAGCCAGCGUUUCCGUGUUUGGAGGAGUUGGUGCUGAGUGUGAACCCCCUGGGCGAUGCUGUGUCUGAGGCUCUGUCCUGCCUGCUGCUCUGCUGCCCCCUGCUGGCCACUCUGUCCCUGCAGGCCUGCGGCCUCAGCGCCCGCUUCCUGCAGCAGCAGCGCCUCCUGCUGGAGCGCGCUCUGUCCGGCACAGGUCAUCUGAGGUCAGUGAAUCUCUCCCAUAAUGCCCUGGGCUCUACCGGGUUCGAGCUGGUUCUGAAGACCCUGCCCCUCCGGUGCCUGACACACCUUUACCUGUCAGCGGUCCGGAGCGGGCCCAAUGACCCCCCCGUCACGAGCCGCCUGGCUGCCCUGCUGGCACAGCAGGAGGAGUGUGCUCUCACUCACCUCAGCCUGGCGGGAAAUGGACUGACAGACUGUGACCUCUCCACCCUGGCCAGGUGCCUGGCUGUCUGUCCGUCCCUGGUGUCUCUGGACGUGUCGGGGAACCCAGCGAUGACCUCACAGGGGCUGGAGCCCCUCCUCACAGCCCUGAGAGAGGGCCGUCGAACCCUGGACCUCCUCAACCUGCAGGGCUGUCAGGUGUGCGGGCCGUGGGAUGGUGGGACCCUGGACAGCCUCUCCUCCUGUGUGCGGAACCUGCAGCUCUGCUCCCAGCGGCUCAACAAGCUGGACCGCAAGGUUCUGCAGGAGAGCUGGGCAGCCCGGGGGGGCGGAGUCUUAUCCCGCUACGCCAAGUGUCUGCUCAGAGCCGCGCCCUCUCUGUGAGUCCGCUGCAGUGCCCCCGUCUGGACUGGAGGACUCACACCCGGAGCUCGGGCAAAGACUGCACCAUCCAGAGACUGGCGUUUGGAUCAAAAUGUAUAUUUAAUCUUUGUCCUUAUAUAUAUAUGUAUUGUGCGUGUGUGUGUGUUUUCAAAGUUUCAGCUGAAAUGGAGUAUGUCAUUGUGUGCAAAACUGUGCUGAUUUGUCCUUGCUGUGUUUGGUGAGGAUUAUUAAAGCAAUUGAAAAACGA